AUGGGCGAGCCUCGGAUGGAGUACAUGGGCAUUCUGCCCAAAGUACAGCCCGCACAAGCGUUGGACAUCCUCAACGACCGAGUCACGCAGAUUGGGAGACUGAACACUUCGAUUGUGAGCUGGCUGGCGGAGCGGAGACGGCUGGAGGAGCAAUAUGCCGCCGGACUGCGGGGCCUGGCGCGGCGGAAUAUCGACGACAUGGACCUGGGCAUCUUCUCCGUCCCCUGGGCCGGCAUCACCAGUUCCAUGGAAACGCUCGCCGAAGCGCAUUCCGCUCUGGCCAACCGCGUCGAGGUCGAUAUUGAACGGCCGUUGAAGGAAUACCCGACGCACAAUCGCGAAUUGCAGGGACUCGAGGGAUCUCAGGAAAGACUCGCAGCCAUCAUCAAGGACAUGGACGAUGCGGCCAAGAAGACGGAAAAAUUGCUGGGAAAGGGCGAGAAGGCAGAUGCCAACAAAGUUGCCAAUGCCACCUCGGAUCUGGACGAUGCACGCGCGCGGUGGGACGCGCAUGCGCCCGUUGCUUUUGACAGUCUGCAGGUCAUGGACGAGAAGCGGGUGAAUGAACUGCGCGACUUGUUGACCCAACUGCAGACGCUCGAGAUUGAYCAGGUGGAGAAGAGUCGGGUGGGGGCCGAGCAGUGUCUGAAUGUCUUGCUGAAUGUCGAGACGGCCGAUGAGAUCAAGACCUUUGCCCUGCGAUCCAUGAGCGCCAAGCCUCGCGCUCCCCAACGCGCCAGUUUCAUGCCGGGAAUGCCUAGUAGCAGCAGCACCGCCACCCAAUCUCGCAAUCCCCCCACCAAUGAUGCCGCCAGUGAGGUUAGCGACACCACUCCGGAGCCGAAGAAGGGAUUUGCCAAGGGCCUGAAGCGAUUUGGUACUGUCAUUUCACGCAGGAGGGAGAGCAAGAUGCCUUCGACGUUGCCAUCAACUGCGGAAUCUCCCGAGGAGCGGAAGCCCAAGCCUUCGCCUUUUGGCAGAAUGGGAAGAUCCAAGGAUUCAUAUGGCUUGGAGCCACCUCGGGAAGCUCCUUCAACCCUACAGCGUCCAUCUUCGCCGCUUAGAAUGGGUAGUGAGAUACUCGAGUCGCCCGUUUCCAAGGAUCCGCCCCAGCUGGGUGAUAUUCCGCAUCUCAAUGGCAACUCGACAAUGGGAUCGACCACAAACAACUAUGCCAAUGGUGGCUACAACAGCGAUCUUGCCGAUCUGGAGCCUCACAAAUCCAGCAAUACUACUGCCACAGAGCCUGCAAGAGACAGCGAAGGUUUCUCCGUUCCUCCCGCGGAUCUCGAUCCCAUCUCUCAAGCCCAGGCCGAAGCUGCUGCCGAAACUCCUCAAUACAACGUCAACAUAAGACAGGCGCCUAUUGAAGAAGAGGGCGGAGAAGCUGCUCUUGCCAGUCUUGCGUCAAAAUUGCAAGCACCGCCACCUGUCAGCCGUAGAGCAGGGACAGUUCGAGGCCGUAGAGAUGCCCGUAAUAGUACUGCGGUUGGCAACUUUGCUGCUCCUGAAACCCUUGCCGCCGACCCUUCAAUGACCAUUUCUGAAGAACGCUCAUACACAGCAAACAGACUGGAUCCUAAUAACACUCCCGCUUAUACGACGGCAGCUCAUCCCACGCAGCUGGCAGCAGAUCCUUCCUCGUCUUCUCUCGUCCAGUCCCCUUCUACUGGAUUUUCAGGCGCCGCUCUUGCAGGAGGAGCCCUCGCCGCGGGAACUUCAUCUCAAUCAUUCUUGCCCUCGCAGGAGAUCCCACAAUCCCCAACAUUCCGUCCCUCUUCUCGCUUGGAAGAUAAUCAGUCCAUCCGAUCCGGUCGUAGCACAGCCAGUCAAGGGCUCUCAAAGCAUCCCGAUCUCCACGAUCAGGGUCUAACUUCCUCCAUCAUCGAAACCAUCUCUGCACGAUUUGAGAGCGGCCAACUCAUGACAUCCUCGCUCAUUGGUGAGAUCGCACUCGGAUUCAAUGGCCCACCAACCGCCGAUCAAGAGUCAGUCAGAUUAGAAAACUUCUCCCUCCUCGAUAAGAUCGCUCCCAACCCACUCAUCCUUCGUCCCGGAGCUACUGAAGGCGAAUACGCGCUCAACAUCCCGACUCUUGCGAGAGGAAACGCCAUUGCUUUCAAAUACCAACUCCAAGCAGAAAACUCCGCAGCUUAUGCUCCGUUGACUGUCCAACCCAUCUGCAAGAUUGAGGAAAACCAAGCGAGUAUCAUUGUGAACUACUCCAUUAGCCCGUCUUUCCCUACCACUGGGCCAGUGAUGUUGAACAACCUCACGAUUGCCCUCACACUCGAAGGCGCCAAAGCUUCCAGCUGUCUCAGCAAACCCGUCGGUACAUUUGCCCGGGAGAAGGGUUUGAUAUUCUGGAGUCUGGGAGAUGUAACUCUCACGCCUGGUGCUGCGCCUGAAAGGCUUCUUGCGAGAUUCCCGACGGAAGGCAUGGCCAAAGGUGGAAGUGUUGAGGCAAGAUGGGAGGUUCAAGGGAUGGGAAGUGCAGUUGGAGUCAGCACGUUGAAGGCUGGAGCGGAUCCAUUUGCGGAUGGAGAUGAGACUUCUUGGAAACCAGUGGUGGGAGUGAAGAAGAUGGUCGCGGGAGGCUAUGGGGGACGAUGA